CUUAUUGGUAAUUAAAUUUUGAUGUUAAUGAAUAAAAAAUAAAAAUACUAGUUUUUAGUGUGAAUAAAAAAAAAAAAUACUAGUUUUUAGUGCAGUACAAUUAAAAAGUUAAAGAUUUAAUGCAACCAUUAUCCAAAGAACUUCAAAGGAAAACUUAUUUUUUCUUUAGUUCCCAGUUCACAGAUCAUUUUUAUGAAUAGAGAGCGAGAAGCAUCUUAAUUACUACCCAAAAUGGAAGGUUCUGAAUCUCAAAACCCAAAAUUAUAUCCAAAAGAAUCGUUAGUUAAACGUUAUAGGUUCCUUUGGCGUACGCUUUUGAUCUUUAAUCUCGGUCUUGGAGAUGUGGACUACAAUCGGAUUUGAAGUUAUAUGUUAUUCAGCUUACAUGUUUGCAAAGGCAAGAAUGAAAAAUUUGAACAUGGGAGAUAGCAAAACUGUGAAGAAAGACGUGCAAGACAUUCCAGCCUCAGGUAAAGAUCUGUUGGAGUCUGCAACAAUUCCCUCAAUUCCUGAGACUCCAUCCCCUACUCCAGCUGUUCUGAAGCUAAAAGAGCCCAUACCUGAGGAUCAGCAGCGUGAGCUUUUCAAUUGGAUAUUGGAAGAGAAAAGAAAAAUCAAGCCAAAGGAUUCUGAUGAGAAGCAACAAAUUGAUGAAGAGAAAGCCAUUCUCAAACAGUUUAUUCGGGGGAAGCAUAUUCCGAGUCUUUAACCGGUGUCUCUUACUUGAUUUGCUUCUAACAAAAGUCAGUAACUUGAAGAGAUUUGGUACUAAUCAAUUGUGAAACUGAGAUUCUAGAAAUUUUAUCCAAUACGAAUGACUUUACAUUCUUCUUCAA